AUGUCCUCACAAGACAACGAGACUCACGACUUCACGCGAGAUGCAGCGAACGCAGUCCAGGUAUUUCGAAGAACGUUUCCUGAAUUCCUCACAUCUUUCGAAGCCCUCCUUGGCCCACUGAUUCGCUUCUUCAUUCACACGUUCCGACUGAAAAUGAACUCCAAUCUUCUUCCAACAACAGCACACCUCGAAACCCCAAGCCAACGAAACUUGCGCUACACAAUCGUCAGCAAGCUAAUGGCUGACUUCAACUCCUCAGAGCCAUUCGGAUUCGAUCGCGAUUAUGACCAUGAUCUUUUCACCUUUGUUCUCUACUGGUACCUACGGGAUACAUGGGCUGCUGAUAUCCGCGAGCAAAUUGUGAGACACGCACCACGGACAGACCUGAGCUCCUUCGCCGAAUUUCCAUACUCCCCAAAACCUGUCCCAGAAGAGCUUCGCCCUAGUCUCUUUAUCUACAACCCAAACCAUCCAGACCUCGGAGAGAUCGAUCCUAAACGCAAUGGACUAUAUUACGUGGGUCGCCGUGAAUGGAUUGACGGACAGGACGUUACUGAAAGCGAUACAUGCCAUGGGAAUGAUUCUGGGUGCAAUGGCAUUCCCGGGAGAGUAAUUCUCGGGAAUAGCGUUCCUGGAGACGAGAAAUGCAAAGAGUGGCUUCGAACCUCCCACUCAUAG